AUAAGAAAAUUGAAAAACUCGACACACACGAUCUGGAUGAAAUUGAGAAAAUCGCCAACUGAAAGACAAGUGUGCUGACAAAGUGGACGCCAGCUAGACUUGCGCUCUGCAAAGACUAAUCAAAUUCGAAAAAUGGCAACCCCAGAAAACACUCCUCAAGAUGCAUACAAUGAGCUGAGGGCCAUUUACGAGACGGAGCUGGCGAAAGCCCGUGCGGCUCUGGUCUUAGAGGCCACAGAGCGUGAACGUCUGCAGGUGGAGUUGUCCAAGCUGAGGAUUGAUUUUGACGAGCUGGAAGCAAGGGACACGAAGAAAGAAUCCGAUCUGGCGAAAGCCCGUGCGGCUCUGGUCUCAGAGGCCACAGAGCGUGAACGUCUGCAGGUGGAGUUGUCCAAGCUGAAGAUUGAUUUUGACGAGCUGGAAGCAAGGGACACGAAGAAAGAAUCCGAUCUGGCGAAAGCCCGUGCGGCUCUGGACUCAGAGGCCACAGAGCGUGAACGUCUGCAGGUGAAGUUGUCCAAGCUGAAGAUUGAUUUUGACGAGCUGGAAGCAAGGGACACGAAGAAAGAAUCCGAUCUGGCGAAAGCCCGUGCGGCUCUGGUCUCAGAGGCCACAGAGCGUGAACGUCUGCAGGUGGAGUUGUCCAAGCUGAAGAUUGAUUUUGACGAGCUGGAAGCAAGGGACACGAAGAAAGAAUCCGAUCUGGCGAAAGCCCGUGCGGCUCUGGACUCAGAGGCCACAAAGCGUGAACGUCUGCAGGUGAAGUUGUCCAAGCUGAAGAUUGAUUUUGACGAGCUGGAAGCAAGGGACACGAAGAAAGAAUCCGAUCUGGCGAAAGCCCGUGCGGCUGUGGACUCGGAGGCCACAGAGCGUGAACGUCUGCAGGUGAAGUUGUCCAAGCUGAAGGUUGAUUUUGACGAGCUGGAAGCAAGGAAGUCGCAUCACAUUCAAAUCCUUAAAGAUGAGCUGGAGUUUGAAAAGAAGCUGCAUUCCGCGGACUUGCGCAUGGUCCAAAGCCAGCACGAGUCUCGCAUGGUGGAGUUAGAAGCCGGCCAAAAAGUGAAAGAUCUGGAGGAGGCUCUGUCUACAGAGAGGGAGCGGACCCAGAACAAGGAGGAGAGGGUACGCCAAACCAUGUCGGCCAGCAAAAAGAGGAAACGUCCGAAGGACAGCGAGGGUUUGAGCUCGGGCGGAUGCAAUGUGCCUCGUCCUAAAAUCGCCCAGCAGGUCACUGUGGAUGAGCAGCAGGUCACUGUGGAUGAGCAGCAGGUCACUCUGGAUGAGGUGGACUAGUACGGCAAAUAUGUCAGACUCCGCAAUACAGUUGAUGAGGAUCAGAAUUUGGGGAACUGGCAGGUGAAGCUCCAGAUUGGAUCUUCUGCUCCCAUUGUAUUCAAGUUUGCCGCAGAAUUCAUCCUGAAGGCCCACGAGAGUGUCACGAUCUGGGCGGCUGACGCUGGCGGAAACCACAAUCCUCCCUCUGAUCUAGUCUGGGAGACACAGUCCAACUGGGGACCCGUAGGCCAGGUCCACUUUACCUUGAUCAACGCCAACGGAGAGGAAAUAAGGAUGAGCAAAGCCACUGGCGCACGUUUGGAAGAUGAUGAUGGAAAUUCCACUUCCACCGUGGGAUAGAGGAAAUGUAAUUUCGGUUUCUUGUGUGUCUUGACAUAUGAAGGGAUUGACAAUAAAGCAGACUUUGACUUUUGACAUGGUCACAUUAUAAAAAUAUUGUAUAAAUUACAAUUAAAUGGGCUUUUUUUAAAUAAAAUCUGCUCCGACCUGUUGUGAAAUUUAAUUGAAAUAAUUGAAAUAAAGUUGUUGUUCUUUAAAAAUGA